UUUUCAAAUGGCGAAUUUCCCAGUAAUCAACUUGGAGAAGCUUAAUGGUGAAGAGAGACAGGCCACUAUGGAGAAAAUUAAUGACGCUUGUGAGAAUUGGGGAUUUUUUGAGUUGGUGAACCAUGGGAUAGCCCAUGAACUUUUGGACACAGUGGAGAGGUUAACAAAAGAACAUUAUAGGAAAUGCAUGGAGCAAAGGUUCAAAGAAUUUGUGGCAAGCAAAGCAUUAGAAGGUGUUCGAGCUGAAGUUAAGGACAUGGAUUGGGAAAGCACAUUCUUCUUGCGUCACUUGCCUGACUCAAAUUUGUCUGAAAUCUCAAAUCUUACUGAAGAAUACAGGAAGGUGAUGAAGGAAUUUGCAAAACAGAUACAAAAACUUGCGGAGGAACUAUUAGACUUGCUUUGUGAGAAUCUUGGACUGGAGAAGGGCUACCUCAAGAAGGCGUUCCAUGGGUCAAGAGGACCAAAUUUUGGAACAAAGGUUGCCAACUACCCUGCUUGCCCCAACCCAAGACUCGUGAAAGGUCUCCGUGCCCAUACCGAUGCGGGUGGCAUCAUCCUUCUCUUCCAAGAUGACAAGGUCUGUGGACUCCAACUUCUCAAAGACGGCCAAUGGAUUGAUGUGCCUCCAAUGCGCCAUUCGAUCGUGGUGAAUCUUGGUGACCAACUUGAGGUAAUCACAAAUGGGAAGUACAAGAGUGUGGAACAUCGUGUGAUUGCACAAACUAAUGGUACGAGGAUGUCCGUAGCUUCAUUCUACAAUCCAGGAAGUGAUGCUUUUAUUCAUCCAGCUCCACAAUUGAUUGAGGGAAAGGAAGAAGAAAUGAAACAGAUUUAUCCAAAAUUUGUUUUUGAAGAUUACAUGAAGCUCUAUGCUGCACUUAAGUUUCAGGCUAAGGAGCCAAGGUUUGAUGCCAUGAAAGUUGCGAACUCCACUGCCGCAACAGCUUAAGGAGAAAAUACAUAAGAAAUUAACUUAGUCAGAUUAUUACUAUAGUGGUUGAAUUUGAUUGGUUGUACUUCAGUUUCAGUGAGUCAUGAAUUUAUCAAUAAAAGGUAUAGCAUUCUU